AUGGAAUCGGAAGACACUGACUAUCCUCUCCAUGACCGCUUCUUGCUUCCAAAUCAAGCAAGCGGAGCCGCCGGCCGAGGGGAAGCCAAUACACCUUCUGCACCCUCUGAUUAUAUGGCCGUCACCCUAUCCAGCCCAGAAAACUCUCUCUCGUCCAACGUAAGCUCAUAUGGUCAAUUCAGCAGCGACAGAAGGUCAGAACCCGACACGACCUCGUCAAGGGGCUCACCAGCAGAGGGAUCCAGCCGGGGGUCUAAUAAUUAUUCCGAAGAACAAUGGAAUCGUCAUCGGGAGGUGAUCACCCGCCUCUACUGGGAAGAGAAUCUUCCAAUGCCGACAGUCCGAGAGUAUAUGAGCAGAGAGUAUGGCUUCGAUGCAACACCGAGAGCCUAUAAGUUUCGUUUCAAGAAGUGGGGGCUGCGGAAAAACAUCAAAGAGCACGAGGCUCGGGAGCUCAUAUCCGGAAACAAAAACCCAGAAGACUUUUGGGCAGGCACGAAAAGACUCAACUUUGAGCGGCGCAUCGCAAGACACCUCGAGAAGUCUAAAGAAGGCAGUCCUUCUCUGCAAGAAGGACGUCGAGCCACUCCGACACCCACCGAGGUAGCGACACGGGCAUUUGGCAGCCGAGAGAUACCACGGCGGAUGAAGGCGCCUGGCUUACAUGAAUCCGUGGAGGCUGCCAAACACUACUGGGAGCUCUGGCUCAGCCAUGACAUGGAAAUCGGCGGCAUCUGGUUAAAGGGCCAGCCUGGCACAGAGCACCGAUGUCCUUCUGGGUUGGUCACAGAAGACGAUGUCGACUUCUUCCCGCUAUUUCAAAGGGGACUGCAAACACUCUCCGACGACAACAGGACGCGACAAGCUUUUGCGGAUAUUAACAAGUCGUUCAACUACUUGAAAGGCCUGAUAUACUUGCACCACCCGUUCAUAUAUAAAAAGAUUAUGGACAUCGCCGCUUCCUACAGACGUUAUCCGGCAUCUGAGGCAUGUUUUAGGGUCUGUUGCGUUCUCGUGAAGCACUCGUUGGAUCUCUUCAGGGAGUUGUACGGCCCGGAACACCCCCUCAACAAUAUGUGGUCGAUCUACUUCGAAAUACUGGAAUCUCAAGACGUCCCGGAGUUCUCUGAGCAUUUUCUCAACACCAUUUCAGCGACAUGCCCAACAGUAUGGAGGAAGACACGAGGCUUUAACGACAUCGGAUCGCUCCGCAUAGAGGCUUACGUACCAAGCUCGGUGCGUGGUCAGAAUGAGGAGGUCCUGCGCCGCAAUCUGAUUCUAUCAAAGGAUGAUCCAAGCUUGGUCCCAAGCGCUCAGGAGAAUAGACUCGCAUUAGCCGAAGCCCUGAUUAGCCAUCAGAAGCUGGAUGAGGCGCAAGGACUUCUGAUGGAGGCGGGCAAUUCUAGUCUGGUCGACUUUAUCAAUCCGGAAGACAAGGCCUUCUGGAUGGCCGAGCUCGAAUGGAGGCUGGGACACGUUGGCCCGUCGCUAAAGUUGCUGGAACAAGUUCUGACCAGGAUUGACUCACGGCCCGCAACAAGCAGCUUGGUUUCCUCAAAUCUAUCUUUGCUACAGGUUCUGGGGGUAUUGUACCACCGCCAUACCAUCGUCUUGUCAGCGGCCAAGGCAAAUGCGUUAAGAGAUCGUAUCCUGGAGCUGAUUACGACUAGGACCAACACACUGGAGUCGGUGACCCUUCAUUUGUGGAGCUGCGACUAUGAACUACAGCUUCGGCCUCAAUACGGCAAUCAUAUUCAGUGGCGACCUUCACCAGGAGCGGAAACUUAUUCAACACGAUGA